AUGCAGGGGAUCAGGCAGCUAGGUUUGCCAACACCAAAGGUCCUGCAGGGGAUUGGGCAGCUAGGUUUGCCAACACCAAAGGUCCUGCAGGGGAUUGGGCAGCGAGGUUUGCCAACACCAAAGGUCAUGCAGGGGAUCGGGCAGCUAGGUCUGCCAACACCAAAGGUCAUGCAGGGGAUCGGGCAGCUAGGUUUGCCAACACCAAAGGUCCUGCAGGGGAUCGGGCAGCUAGGUCUGCCAACACCAAAGGUCCUGCAGGGGAUCGGGCAGCUAGGUUUGCCAACACCAAAGGUCCUGCAGGGGAUCGGGCAGCUAGGUUUGCCAACACCAGUAUCGGCCCUUUCCAAAAAAAAAUAA